UUAGUUUGCUAACAGCGCCCUCUCGGACAUCCGUUUACAUAAGUCCCUAUAUAUUCCAUGUAUAAGCUUAUUCAUUUCUUUUCCGGUUUAUCAAAAUGGGUAUUGAUAUAAACCAUAAACACGAUAGGAAGGUUCGGCGUACAGAACCUAAAUCGCAAGAUGUCUAUUUACGACUUCUCGUUAAACUUUAUCGUUUCCUGGCUAGACGUACAAACUCUAAGUUUAAUAAAAUUGUCCUCAAGAGACUUUUUAUGAGCAAGAUACACCGUCCUCCAAUAUCUCUUGCACGAAUAGUCAGAUUUAUGAAGAAGCCCGGACGAGAAAAUGCUAUUGCUGUAAUUGUUGGUACUGUGACAGAUGAUGCUAGAAUUUUUGAAAUUCCUAAAUUAACAGUAUGUGCUUUACGUGUUACUGGAAGAGCUAGAGCUCGUAUAUUAAAAGCUGGAGGUGAAUUGAUUACUUUUGACCAAUUAGCAUUACGUGCACCUACUGGAAAACGAACAGUUUUAAUGCAAGGUCGUCGUAAAGCCCGUGAAGCGGUAAAACACUUUGGACCUGCACCUGGUGUACCACAUUCACAUACAAAACCAUUAGUACGCUCGAAAGGUCGAAAGUUUGAAAGAGCACGAGGUCGUAGGCGUAGCUGUGGUUAUAAGAAAUAAAUUUUGUUUAUUUGCCAUCAUUUAUUAUACCAUACUGUUACAUUGACUUGAUAUUUAGACAUUUUGUCUACUUCUACAUCCGUUUAUAUGACAAGUUAUGAUAGUUGGAAAAUAAAUGUUGGCUUCGUAA